UAAAACAGCGUAAGAAGAGAAAUAGACGAAGAGGGAAGUAACGUUGAGACGUCUGGACAAGUUGUUUAUUUCACAAACGUUUGUUAGCAACUAUAGCUAUGCACUUGUGUUGAAGUUACCUUUCAAACACAUCAUUUAAAGAAAUUUCCAAGUGGACUCGAACUGACAGAAUAAAACAAGUCUCAGAAUGGCUCAGUGGGAGAGACUGAGGCAGCUUUCUGCUGCGUACACACAACAGCUACAUGAACUGUAUGACAGAGAUGCUCUGCCUAUGGAUGUUAGACACUACCUGUCAGCCUGGAUAGAGAAGCAGGAUUGGAAAAGAGCAGCAAGGGACCAUGACUGGGCUGUGGUGCUUUUCCAGGUCUUGCUGGAGAACCUGGAUAUUCAGCACAGCCGUUUUGUUCAGGAAGAGUCGUUCUUAAUGCAGCACAAUAUUAGGCGCUAUAAGCAGAACUUCCAGAGGUACUUGGAUGAGCCAUGUGUUCUGGCAAAUACAAUCCUGUGGUUUUUGGAGAAAGAAAAGGAAAUCCUGCAGAGUGCUGGUCUGGCUGAACAGGUCCAGUUUUUGCGUGUAGAGCAAGAACCCAUGGAGACAAGCAGCCUGCAGGACCUUGAACGUAAAAUGGCUGGCCUCAGGAAUGAUGUUCAGUGCAUGGAACAUGCCAUGUUAUGUUUAGAAGAGCAGCAGGAUGAGUUUGAUUUUAAGUAUCAAACUUUCAAUAUGGAAGCUGUGGCAGAUGAAGCUGCAAAAAGAGAACGAUUAAAAAUGUUUCAGUCUCUUAUCAACAAACUGAAUGAAUGUCGGAAGAGCACACUCUCUGACCUAAAUAAACUCCUGGAUAGGAGUGAGGACCUGAUUGUCAUACUGGUGAACACGGAGCUGAUGGAGUGGCAGAGGAGGCAGCAGAAAGCUUGCAUCGGUGCUCCAGACAAUGUUUGUCUGGACCAGUUAGAGAAGUGGUUCACUUGUGUGGCAGGGUGUCUGUUCCAGGUGCGUGAGUUUCUUAAUAAGCUGGAUGAGCUGGAAGGCAAAUUGUCCUAUGAUGGAGAUCCUGUGAAGGCCCAAAAACCAGCACUGCGAAAGAGGACAGACACUCUUCUCAAGAACUUCCUGAAAAGUUCCUUUGUUGUUGAGACUCAGCCGUCCAUGCCUCAGGGGAAAGGACCUCUGGUGUUACGCACAAACGUCCAAUUCUCUGUCAAGACCAGACUUCUUGUUAAGUUUCCUGAGCUGAACCACACCAUGAAAGUGAAUGUGUCCAUGGGCAGGGAGACUCCCCAGAUCAAAGGGUAUCGUCGUUUUAAUGUUCUGGGGACCAGUACCAAAGCCUUGAACAUGGCAGAGAGCCAGAGUGGAGGAAUGGUGGCAGAUUUUAGACAUCUGACUCUGAAGGAGCAGAAGUCUGGAGGAGGUGGCAAAGGAGUCAGUGAAAUUUCGCUCAGUGUUACAGAGGAGCUGCACAUCAUCUACUUCGACACUGAAUUUCAGUAUAAAGGCCUGUCAGUUGUGCUAAAGGCAGCCUCUCUCCCUGUGAUCAUCAUCUCCAACUCCAGUCAGCAGCAGAGUGCCUGGGCAUCCGUCCUCUGGUUUAACAUGCUCAGUCUGAACACCAAGGAUGUCAUGUUCUUUGCCAACACUCCUGCAGCCUCUUGGCCACAGUUUGGAGAGAUGCUGAGUUGGCAGUUUCUCUCUGCCACUAAGCGAGGUCUGAAUGAUGCUCAGCUGGAGAUGAUUGCACAAAGACUCUUUGGAAAGCAGAAGAACUAUGACAACUGCAAAGUUGCUUGGUCCAAAUUUAGUAAGGAAAACUCUCCUGACACUUUCUGGCUGUGGUUCGAUGGCAUCUUAGUGAUGGUGAAGACUUACCUUGAAGACCUGUGGAGGGAUGGCCUCAUCAUGGGUUUUGUGAGUAAAGGCAGAGAGAAGUCUCUCCUGACGAAAAAACAAAGAGGCACCUUUUUGCUACGCUUCAGUGAAAGUGUCAUUGGGGGAAUCACCUUCUCAUGGGUGGAGACCACCAUGACUGGUGAGCCUGAUGUAAAGACAGUUCAGCCCUUCACCAAAGUUGACCUUUCUCAGAUCCCCUUCCAAGAAAUCAUUAGGAAUUUCCAGAUCUUAGAAGCUGAAAAUGUCCCAGAAAAUCCUCUGGUCUACCUGUAUCCCAACACACCAAGGGAUGAGGCUUUUGGAAAAUACUACUCUGAGAAGAGUGGAGAUCACAGUCCUUACAUUCAGUACAUCAAAACCAAACUGGUGUUUGUGACAAAGGAGAACUCUCUGGAGGCUAAGUCACCCAUGCACUCUGACAUGGCACAGGGUGAGGGCCUGGAGCCAAUGAAUGGCCUGUUUGAAGAGGCAGUGGAACCAAACGAAGAUUCUCAUCAGUCUGAUCCCAUGCUCUCUGGCCCUGGUGCAGCCCAAGAGGAAGAUUUACUGCUGUACCUCAACAACCCCAACCUCUUUGACGACUCUGACUUCUUGCAAGAUGAGCCUGACAUACCUUUUCAAGUGUUUAACUUUGUGCCACCUCAAUCUAUUUUGCAGUAAGCCUGUGUGUUCAUGCUUAACCACACCACAAUCAUGUAUCAGCAACUUUAUUUUAGCUGCUUGCAUUACAACAAGGUUGUAUUCUGUGCAUAGAAAAUCUGAAGUCAACAUACCAUAGGGCAGGGGUUUUCAAAGUGUGGGAGAGUGUGCCUCUCUUAAGAGAAAAUUAUUCAUACGGUGGACCCACAUCCCCAUAAAGAUUCAGAUUAAAAAAUAAUAAUUAAAAAAAUAAAUAAAUAAAGGGAUAUUUCAACACUUUGGCAAAUUAACCCAUUGCCAUA